AUGAAGAAGAGUGCAACCAGCCAACAGUCAACGGACGAGUCCAUCCGAGAAUUACACGACCAACAGCACGAUGAGAUUGACGAUGGGGAAAGAGAUAGGAUUGAAGAAGAGUGGCGUAACAGUAUCCGCCUAAAGGUCGACCUUCGACUUUGCAGCAUUGCUGGCAUCUUGUGCUCGCUCAAUCUACUUGACAGCGGCGUCAUCUCUAGCGCAUCCGUCACCUCUAUGCUCAGCGAUCUGGAACUAAAUGUCGGCAACCGAUACUCUGUUUCCAUAUUUAUCUUCACGAUCGCGAGCAUUGCCUUCCAGCUACCAUCGACAAUCGCCGUGCGCACCUUCGGACCGCGUAUCUGGUUUGCCUUCAUCACCUUCUGUUUCGGCAUCAUUACGCUGUGCACAGCUUUCGUGCAGACAUGGCGACAGAUGAUCGCGCUACGCAUUCUGCUCGGAAUAGCUAUGUCGGGAAUUUAUCCCGGCUUGACGUAUCUCAUCUCAACAUGGUAUACACGGAAAGAGCAACAGCUUCGCUUUGCUCUGAUGCAGAGUGGCGAAGUCAUUGUCUUGGCAACCGGUGGCAUCGUUAAUUUUGGACUGAAUCAGCUCGACGGCAAAUAUCUCAAGGGUUGGCAGUGGAUGUUUGUUGUACAGGGUAGCAUUACUGCGUUCUUCGGUAUUUUGACAUAUUGGUGGAUGGUCGACUUCCCAGAGCAUGCCCAAAACUCCUUCUACUUCCUCACGCCCCACGAAAGUGCACUGGCGUCUUCUCGAAUCGACAACGACAGAGGCGAUGUCAAACCCGACGACUUCGCAUGGUCUAAAGUCUUCGUUCACGCCAAGGAUUUGAAGGUGUACGGGUUCUGCACCCUUUACUUCCUGCAGAACCUCGUCUCGACAUCGCUGUCUUACUUCCUACCUAUCAUUCUACAAACCGGCAUGGGCUUUUCUUCAAACAAAGCGAUUUUGCUAUCCGCUCCACCUUACUACUACGCUGUUAUUCCCGCUAUCCUGUCCUCGAUCGUCGGCGACAAGUUCCAGUUGAGAGGGCCUAUUAUAGUCUUUAACUGCGUGUCUUUGAUUGUAGGUUUCUGUAUGCUGGGUUUCUCGGACCAGGUCACCGUGAGGUAUAUAGGCACCUACCUUGCCACCGGAGCGUACGUGGCGAAUUGGGCGGCCAUGGCGACUUAUCAGGCGAACAACAUUGUCGGCCAGUGGAAGAGGGUUUUUACUGCCGCAAUGGUCACAGCUUUCAACGGCGCUGGCGGUAUCGCUGGAAGCUUCAUUGUGAGAGCACCAGAAAGUCCGAGGUAUAUGACGGCCAUUUGGCGGGUUGACGUCGUCGGUGGGGACGACCGUAUGGGACAGUUGGCUCGUGCUGAGUCCUCACUUGCAUCGUCGAACCAACUCGCAGCUGCCUCACCACUUCCGCUGCUACAGCACGAGCGAUCCCGCAGUCCCGGCCUACCGCCCCAAGCAACCCGUUCUAUUCGAAUCUCGCUGUUUUCUGCUUCUCUAGCUGCUGGCGCCGACUUGGUAGCGUCACGCAGCUUCCCCCUGUCCAGCUGGCCCCUCGACCGGGCAACAGCACCCCCGUGGCCCUCCGCCGAGCUUAUGCGCAUCGACGCCGGCCCCGCCACAAUGGUGUUCCUCGGCAUAUAUCGCGCCAUCUACGACUAUGAGCCCCAGAGCGACAAUGAGAUCGCCCUAAACGAGGGCGACAUCUUGAUGGUGCUGGAGAAGUCGACCAUCGACGCCUGGUGGAAAGCAAAGAAGAAGGGGCGCGAUGGCGACGAGGAAGAGCCCGAGGGCUUGAUCCCGAACAAUUACAUUGAAGAGGCCGCCCCAGUCGCACAAGCCAAAGCCCUCUUCGAUUACGACCGCCAGACGGACGAGGAGCUGUCGUUCAAAGAGGAUGCCGUCCUAGACGUUUACGAUACCACCGACCCGGACUGGACACUGGUGGGAGUCGCAGACGACUAUGGCUUUGCGCCCGCGAACUACAUCGAGCUCACUGAAGAGGGAGCCGCGGCAGGAGCACCAGCUGCGCCAUCUCCCGCGCUGCCUAGUCGCCCGCCCAUGCCACCAGCGACCGACUCUUUCGACGACGAUCAGCCGCCUACUCCAGACACGCCUCCACAACCGAGUCCGGCUGCGGCCCUGGCUGGCAUCAUACAGAAGAAGUCGCAAGAGGCAGCACCGCGAUCGACUAUUUCUCCUCCGCCCAACGUAAGCGCGCCUCCGCGACAGCAACGACGCGUGCAAUUUACCCCGGAAGAGUCGGACGAAGAAGUGCCAGCACCCCGUCUUCCCCAGCGACCCGAGUCCGAGGUCUACUCACCGCCGCUUACCCAAUACGCACACGCGCGAUCCCCAUCGCCCCCAGUCAGAUCGCCACCGCCCCGAAGCGUCACGUUCGACCAAUAUGAUCCUCCGAGCAGGGACGAGCAGCCCGCGACACCCAUGUCGGGGUCGGGAUACCAUUUGUACAACAUCUACGAGUACAUUACACAGCCGGGCAAGAAUAAGAAAAUGCCAAUCACCCUGGGUGUCAACAUCCCGAAAGGAAUGAUCAUGAUUGCACCCGAGAAGUCGCGCGACGGGCCGCAACAGGAAUGGAGCGCGGACAAGAUGGAAUACUACUCGCAAGAAGGCAAACACAUCUUCAUGGAGCUUAAGCAGCCAAGCAAGAGUGUCGACUUCCACUGUGGUGCUAAAGACACUGCAUCGGAGAUCAUGCUCGCGCUUGGUGAGCUUGCAGGAGCGGCCAAGAGCGCAGGACUCCGCGAAGUACUCGCUGCUGGCUCCGGAAACUCUAAUGUGCAGAAGAAGGGAGUUAUGCUUUUUGACUUCAUGGCACAGGGUGAUGACGAAGUUACCGUUGGUCUCGGCGACGAGAUCUUAGUCCUCGACGAUUCCGCAAGUGACGAGUGGUGGAAAGUCAGGCGGCUGAAGAAUGGCAAAGAGGGUGUGGUACCAGCUAAUUACGUUGAGGUCACAGAAACCGUCCCCAUACACGCUCCCGCAGCUGCCAUCGCUCGAUCGGGAACCAACGCUGGCCGAUCCGUCGUCGAACAGAAUAGGCGGGAGGAGGAAGAGCUUGCUCGUCAGGCUGCGAGACGGAAGAAGCCAGAAAGUGAGGCAAGGAACGAUCAGAGAUCAAGCAAGCGCGAAAGCUCCGCAAAGGACUCGAGUUCAAAGUCCGGCUCCAAACCAAAUUCCGCCAAGGUACGCACUUGGACCGACCGAUCCGGAUCGUUCAAGGUCGAGGCAGAGUUCAUUCUUAUCAAGGAUGGCAAGAUCCACCUACACAAAGUCAAUGGCGUCAAGAUCGCUGUACCUGUCACAAAGAUGUCAGUAGAAGACCUCGAGUACGUCGAACGCGUCACAGGCGAGUCUCUAGAUGACGACAAACCCCUAUCGGAUUUGAAGAGGAGGAGCAUGCAACAGCCUCGUGGGAAGGACUCAGGUCCAACCGGUAUUUCCGUCGAGAAGAAGCCGGAAUACGACUGGUUCGACUUCUUCCUCAAGUGUGGUGUCAACCCACAGAUCUGCGAACGGUACGCCAGGGCAUUUACCAAGGACGAAAUGACGGAAGAAAAUAUACCAGACAUCACUCCUGGGCUGCUACGUACAUUGGGUCUCAAGGAAGGUGACAUUCUCCGUGUGACCAAGCACUUGGACGCGCAGUUCGGAAGAGAUAAGCGAAGUGUUAGCUUUGCUGAAGAGGGAGGAGAGGGAGCUUCUGGUGGACUGUUCUCAGGUCCAGGAGGUGCACUGAGAAACAACACCCGAAAGGGACGUCCUGCACCACCAGUUGAGACGAACGAUGUCGUUGAUCCAAAGGCGUUUGAACCGAAGUCCGAUGACACCGUUAAGAAGCCCGCAGACGGGACGUCAGCAGCGACAUCUGACAAGACAGCGAAUGGGUUUGACGACAAUGCGUGGGAUGUCAAGCCAUCCAAGUCAACAUCUGACAAGCCAGCAUCUCCACCUGCAGCACAAGCCCCUGCCGCAAAACCACCCCAGCUGACUGGAUCCAUGAACGAUUUGUCUCUUCUAGACAUGCCUGCACUCAAGCCUGACGAGAUCGCGCAGCCAACGCCUCCUGCUCCCGCACCUCAGCCAGCACAAGCACCUGCUCAACAGCCUCCAGCACCCGCUCAGCAACCGCAGCCAACAGGCGCUACUCCUACCCUUUUCGAGCAGGUUGCAGCUAUCAAGGCCCUUACCCAACCUCACAACAUGGCUCCACCGCGCAUGCGCCCACAAGCUCCCCAGCAGCAGGGUCCUGGAGGUCUCAUCGCUCCACCACCGCAGCGUUCUUCCUCUGCCCCUAUGAACCCACAACAAAGUGCCUUCGGUCCCCCACCACCCCUACAACCUCAGCUCACAGGUUACAACCCCAACCUCAUGGGUCAAAACUCUGGACAAGGCCAAGGCAUGCAGGGUAUGCCACCAAUGCAACAGCAAAUGACAGGCUUCCCACAGCAAAAUGGCGGUUUCGGAUUCCAGCAGAACGGCAUGAUGCCUCAACCUACAGGCUACAACCCCAUGUCCCCACCCCAGCAGCAGCCAAUGCAGACUGGCUUCGCCCAAUACCAACAACAGCAGCCGACUGGCUUCCAGCAGCCCAUGCAGACAGGUUUCCAGCAGCAGCAGCCACACUUCACACAAGGCUUCGGGAAUGGCAGCCCUUUUGCCGAUCCACCACGGGCACCUUUCCAGCCACUACAGGCUCAGCCUACGGGGUACAACUCGUUCCAACCAUCGCCGCUUAACCCCCAGGCGACUGGCGUCAACCGCUUCCUGCCUCCGGCCCUUGCGCCACAGCCGACUGGCUACAUGUCGAACCAAAGCCCGCCGCCUGUCCCUCCCAUGCCGCCAAUGCCCCAGGCGCAGCCUUUGGUGCCCCAGAAGACUGGCCCACCACCGACCAUCAAGUUUGGUGUACAGCCCGCAAAGAAGCUAACGCCCCAGCCGACGGGGAGGGCGAACCUUGCCAAUGCUACACCCCAAAACCCGUUCGGCUUCUAA